UCCGUAUCAAUAGCGCCGACUUGAAACUUGUCUCACGUGAGAUGCUCAGAUCAGAGUUUAGAAUUAGAAUCUUACCUAAAUUUUAUCUCGGAGUUACAUACAUUACAUAUCGCGGAAUUGGAUUCUAAGAGAUCUUAGAUUCUAUUUUAAAUCAAAUUUUAAACUCUGACUUAAGUUUAAAAUUAGACGUGAGAGAUUUUUAUUUGAAUCACACACACACAUAAUGUCAUACAUGAACACGUCAAACAGGUAUAACAACCUUAACGCACAGUAUAAUUAAGUUAUCAGUAUUUUGUGAUUGUACAGUGAGUUGUAAAACUGUUUAGACAUAAUGAAGUUGAGAAAUUGUCAUCAAACUGUCAAGAUUGAAUCGUUAUUAGACAGAUUCGUCUAGUAAUUUUAUAUUGUUAACAAUUAUUAUUUUCUAUUAUCACUCAGUGCUCUUAAUUAAAUUAUUAUCGCGUGAGUCCGUAAUAAGUCUCAAUUUUGGCAGCUUGGUGAGCUCCGCUGUAUAUAAACCGCUUAGCGACUCAUACUGAACUGGUUAUCGGUUACUCAUGCCGUUAUCGCCGGCGCGACGAAUGUAUCACCGUGGAAUAUAAUAAUGCGUGUUAAAUAAUACAUAUUAAAUAAUACGAUCGCGUGCGCGCGUGCACGCGCAAUCCUACAUUUGCCGGAUGCUCGUCCGCUCGCAGAUAUCGACUGGACGAUAAGUCGAUGACAAUGACAGAGAUGUUUCGCUUCUCGUUCUCUCACAACGAUCAGUCUGCCGACUUCGGCGAGAUCUCUCACGUGCGAGCACUGCACGGAGAUCUCAGCGAAACUCUUCUGAACGUGGACGAGCGCCGAGGAGAACCGGGGAAACCAGCUUCCGACUCGCUCGGUCGCUCACUUCCGCUCGCGGGCGUUUGCGCGCAGCUGGAGACCCUUCCCCUCGCGUGGCGAGCACUCCGCUAACGAAAUGCAAUUAUUUUUAAAAAGGAUGUAGGGACGCGCGCUCUCGCUACGCUUUCCAGGGGACGACGCUCCCCUGGAUCAUCAGACGUAGGUGCUCCAGCAGCCGGCCGGCCCUAAGUGCCACAUCGACGAUGGGUCGACCGGCCGCGGCUGACACCGUUCAACACUUUCGCUAUCACGCCGCUCGCAUGCGAUGCGCGACGACCUGAUUCGCGUAACGCGAUCUCGUGUGCAUAUAAUAACAAUAAUAAUAAUAAUAACGAUGCGCAGGAUGUAACGCGGUAAUUCGACUCAGCGAGUUAACGGCCCCCGCAUGAGCGUUUACGCGAAAGUAAGCCGGAAUCGAAUUUGCAGAGGAUGCUCCAGAUGAUGCCUCUCGCGAAGCGAAGGCGACACCUCCGGAUCCGCGGAUCUCGAUCUCCGGAGAAGCCCGCGAACAGCGCGAAGGUGGAGUCGAAUUUAGCGCAGGCGCGGCGUCUCUGAAAAAAUUGAGCGAAAAUCGCAACGAAGACGCGGAGCUCGUAGUUUUCGAUGAGAAGCUCGACUCCGCAAUAUCAAGGUCAAGAUGAAAGUCGGCAAAAAGAGAAACAAAUCGGAGACACGACGAGCGUCAUCCUGGUAUCGGAAACAACGAGAACAAAAUUUUACAACAACUUCAAUGUCGCAUGAUCAUCGCCAGCGGUGAAUCGGAAACAUCUCGUCUUUGUUUUCGCGAAGUAAACGCGGGAAGCGCGGGAAGUGCGAGAAGCGCAUCCAGAGAACGAAGCGAGAUCUGAUCUUCAGAUCUUCCCGUCAACACAGUAAGUCGAAUAUAACGAAAUACUCGGGUGUAUCUUUGUUUUAGCAUGAACCUCGGGCGAUUUGUCGGCGAUGGUGAGCAUACUGUGCGUGUUGACCAGCGAUGGUCGACGAAGACCAUAGAAACGCCCGAAAGUUUACGCUCCGGCGAAAGAGUUUAUCGUCUCAGGCGGCGAAAAUAGAUCUCUCUCUUCUUCCUCUUAGACGUUGCGCCGGGAGAAAAAAGAGACUGCGGCUCGCGACACGCGUUUACGCAUGCAGACGUGCGUAAAUGCGAUUACCCGUGCGUAAAAUUCGCGCCGUCCAUAGCGCGACGAUGAGGACAUACUAAAUGAAAAAAAAUAGAAAUUAGUUGUCAAUUGAGAAUAGAUGCCGGGAGCUUAUUGCGGGAUAAGAUGGGAAUCUUAGAUUUCCUGAAGCUACUGCGCUCGAACUUCUUCGAACUUCCGUUCUUUUUCCUCGCGAAGCAAUAUUUUAUAUAAAUAUAUAUUUUUUUAUAUUUUAUAUUAUAUUACGCGACGUUUUAUAUCUAUAUAUGUAUAUAUCCCGUGCGAUAUCGUUAUCGCUGUACGAAAAGGGGCGGGACUGAUAUAUUGAGAAAGAAAUAUCUAAGAAAUGAUAAAUAUUUAUUCACACACACGGUGGAGGUAUUAAUAAUAUUUUUAUUAAUACUAACAUAAAAUAUUGUUCAAAAAGAAAAUAUAGAUUUUCUUAAAACGUUAAGAAAACCCCUUAAGAAAACUUUAGCUUCUUAUGAAAAAGCCAUUUAUUUUAUUUAUAUAAAAGAAUUUAGAUUUUUUAAAAUAAAUAUGUUGUUAGUAUCUAUUAUAAAUAAAUAUUUACUAUUUUUUCUUUCAGGAUACCAGAGCAGUCGCUGAUAAGAACGUUUCGAAGCGUUCGCUUCUGCUAAAAUAAAGAUCGUCGUUAAUGAUCUGGAACCAAAACCUUUCAGCGUUUACUGUAGUUCACUGAAUUCGCGUUUCCGCGAGCAUAAAAACAUGAGAACCGAAUUUUGUUUACAUUAUUUGAUUUUGCGAAAGUAGCGCGAUUACAAGGAUGACGGCUGCUGAUCGUGUCAAAGAGAUGCAUUUCGCGGCUCUAUUUUCGAUGCAAGUUCGCGAAGUAAACAUUCUUCCGAAGAUAUCCAGCGUGAUUCGUAAUUAUUAUUUCACGGGCGCGUUCAGGUGAAAAGUUUUCAACACUUUCUUUUUAAGAGAAGAAAUAUUUUGAUAUUUAAGACUUUCUCCCGUGUGGCUUCUGAGUUGGAGCCACGUUUUUCGUGGAUUUGUUUCCACCGUUUCGUAAACAUUUCAGUUCACUUCAUCAAGGAGAAAAUCAACUUGAUAUUGAGUAUCAGGUUGCUCCUCUGUCUAAUAAAGUGAACUGAAAUGUUUACGAAACGUUGAAAACAAAUUUGCGAAAAACACAGAGAACUCCACUUUUUUCUAUUCUACUUAGACUAAUGAUGCUACUUGUACGGCCCUGACGAGAUUCAUAGACAUACUCGACAAGAGUCUUGCUUCCCACAGAUGCUGGAGUACUGGUGGAUGGCGAGCAACGAAACCGCGCAGAAUGACAGCGAUGUGGCGAUCAACGAGGUGCUGCAAGAUCCUGGACUGGUGGUCCUCUUCGUUGGAUACCCCGAGUGGCUGCUGCACUUCGCUGCUGCCUGUUGUAUCCUUUUCAUGUUGGUCGGCAUCCCGGGAAAUCUCAUCACAGUGAUUGCAUUAUAUCGUACAAAAAAGCUGAAGAACUCUACCGCUAUCUUUAUAAUGAAUCUCUCGUUAUCUGACCUGAUGUUCUGCUGCUUCAAUUUACCGCUCGCAACUUCGACGUUCUGGCACCGUGCGUGGCUUCAUGGGCCACUUCUGUGUCGACUGUUUCCGCUGUUGAGGUAUGGUCUCGUUGCGGUCAGCCUCUUCUCGGUCCUCGCGAUCACAAUCAAUCGCUACAUACUGAUCGGCCACCCUCGUCUCUACUCCACAGUAUAUAAAAAAAAGUACUUAAUACCGAUGGUUCUGGCAAUAUGGAUCAUUGCUUUCGGUGUGCUGAUCGUCACGUGGUUCGAGCGAUGGGGACGUUUCGGAUUGGAUACCGCUAUUGGGUCCUGCUCGAUCCUACCCGAUGUGAAUGGACGCAGCCCGAAAGUGUUUCUCUUCGUUCUCGCGUUUUUAAUGCCAUGUCUUGCCAUUAUCGUGUGCUACGCAAGAAUCUUUUACAUAGUUCGUAAGAGUUCCUUAAAGAGCAUAGGCGGACUUGGGAUCGUCAACGUGGGGCCUGGGGAGAUUAAUUACGAGCAACAAUCCUCGUCUACGAGGAACCAAGAAGAAGAGCUCUCUGUUCGAUAUGCAUCUUCCACACCGAUGCGAACGGUCUACCUCACCAGCGGUCUGGAAGAAGAAGUCGACGAGGAUAUAUUUUGCUCGAAGCAACUGCUCAGCGAUCAACGGGAAGCGAAUCGCACAACGACGUUGCAUGUAAAUGAAGCAACGUCGAGCAGCAGUGUUUGCCCGAAUCAGGACCGCGACAUCUUCCAUGGGAGUCUGACCACCGCGGAAGACAUACCGUUCGCGGAUGAGCCGAAUGUCUCCGCGGAGUCCAAGCGGUUUUUGAACAGAAAACCAGGCUCGGAUGAAUCACAGCGGAGGCUCCCAAAAGGUUCUUGCAGGCAGCUGGACAAGAUGACCAACCGAGCCUCUUUCAUUAUGGAGUCGUCGCUAUGGGCGCACGAAGUCGCCGACGACGAUCGUUCGAGUCGACUGAAGACCUUCGUGGGCUCGCGGUCACAUUCGCCCGAAGGAUCCUUCGCGGCGCAAGCGACUCGUAGGGAGUCCAAGUUCCGCACCGUCGUCGGUAGAAUACGCAACGGCGAGUCCGCGCCCAGGAUGUCCGCGAAAGACCGGAAGGUGCUGCAGAUGAUCCUCGUGAUAUUCUCGUCGUUCCUGGUGUGUUAUCUGCCGAUCACCGUCACUAAACUCUUCCACGACACGGUCGAUUGGCGCGGUUUGAACAUUGCUGGUUACAUACUCAUCUAUCUGACCACUUGCAUCAAUCCCAUCAUCUACGUUGUGAUGAGCUCCGAGUACAGAAGCGCGUACAAGUAUGUCCUGCUCUGUAAGUGCGAGAAGAUGACGGACAAGAGAUGAUGCCCGGGUUCAUUAAUGUAGAGCGCGCAUAUAGGUAAUCAUGCAAUAGGUGACAUAUAGAUACAAUGGAUAACGAUGGAUAAGAGUACAUUUGGAAUAUAAAUAGGUAAGAGUAAAUAAGAAUAUAAGUAAAUAAGUACGUGUGCAAAAAAAUAUAUGUUUGUUUCUUGGUGUAUUCGUGUGGUUAACUCGACGUUUUGGAUUCUUUUUAAUGUUUCUUUCUUCGUAUUUGAAAGUAACCAGAGAACAUUAAUGCUUUAUUUAGGAUGUUUAGGAAACGAUCCGAACUUUCAAAAAUCUUGUCCCGAGCCACACGAAUUCCUGAUGAAUGUUUUAUUAUUUCUAUAAACGAUGCAGAGCGAGAAUAUAUAUAAAUAAAUAACAUUUAUAUAAAACAAGUACAUAAUAUAAGCAAGAAAUAAAUUCGACAUUAAAUUUAUUUAGUAUUUGUACUGCAUUUCAGUUUUUAGUAUUUGUACUGCAUUUCAUUUUGAUGCCUGAUGUGUGCUCAGAUAUUUAUAUUUUAGUAUAGCUUGCAGAACAAUAUAAACGUCAGAACGAGUAGAAUAUUAUCUUUCAUGAGAGGAGAAUGUAGCUAGACUUGAAUAUAGUAAAUCUACAUAAAAAGUAUUUAACACGCGUUCGAGUAUUUUGUACAAGUAAUUUAAAUAAUUUAGAUAUUAAUUUCUAAAGUUGGAUUCACUUGGUGUAAUUUAUGUAUAAGCUUUGAGUAUAUAUCAUCAAAAGAUUUUCCUUUUUUAAGUUCUCUCUGCAUUCAUCAAGAUUCAAACUUAUCCAAGAUUCAAACCAUUUUAGCUGAGACACAAACCACUUUUUUUUUUCACUUUUCUUUCAGAUAAAUUUUUUCAUUUUGAUGUAGGAAUUGUAAUAAGAAAGUUAGGUGAACAUUACUUACCUGCAACUUACAUCAACUGUAUGAAACUGUAUGAAAAGACAACAUUUGAGAGAUUAUUUGUGAAAUAAUAUUAAACAUCAGUUACUACAA